AAUGGGCUCGAUUCAUAAACGGCGCAAGCAACGGUCAAACGCUCAACAGCUCCCAGGGUCGGCCACGACAAACCAGAUCCAGUUCAGCGCGAGAGCGCAGAGCUCCGCUCAAUGCCGGCAGCCGCCGCUGCCGCCUCUUCUCCCGUACCGGCAGCUGCCGCCUCCGCCGGGGAUAGGCUGAAGAGAGAAGACUGCAAACGCACCAAGCAUGACUCUGCUUUCUCCGAGUGGAAGAUUUUGGUUGGGCCUUCUGAUUGGCAAGACUAUCUGUUAGGGAAUGAUGGGGCUGAGAGAUACAGAACUCAGAACCUUCCAAAUUGUGCUUCUUGCCCUGGAAUUUAUGAGCUUGGCAUUGCAGUAUCAAAUCCCAGAUCCAGGCUAGAUACUAACAAAAUUGAUACUGCUAAGAUUGUUCCAGUUUAUGUUGGACAAGCUGACAAUGUUAGGACUAGAUUGCAGCAGUAUGGCCGUGAUGGAUCACAUUUAGAGAAUGGUUGCUCAAAAAGUGAAUUUUCCCGGGACAAAAAUGGUUGCUGCCAGAAGGGACUUGCAUUCUUUACAAGUGCAUUCUCAAGAGGCUUCUCCAUUGUUUAUAGAUGGGCUCCAAUGAAAAGCAAGAAAGAUGCUGAGAAGGCUGAAGCUCAGCUGCUUGGUAAAUUUGAUUAUGCUUGGAACACAGAUAGUAAUGGUGCAAGGCGGCAUAAUGAUGUCUUCUGCAAACUUGAGCGGAUCUCAAGAGCUUCCCUUCUUCCUGCUAUUAUCAGGAGGUUUAAGUUAAAACUUCAAAAACCAAAGGGUGUCAAAAUCGAAGUUUGCGAGCCACUGCCCUUGGAGAAUGGAUCUUAUUUCUAUGGUAACACCAAGAGAACUCAUUCCCUUCCCCAGAUUUUAAAAUUUGGGAGAUCCCGGCCAAGAGUAGUUUCAGUUAACUUUGGCAUAAAUGAGAAUCCCGGGACUAUAUGUGGAGUUGCCCUUGGCCAUGGAUCAGUCUGUAUAAGGUCACCAGUUAGGGGAAAUAAAAGAUGUUUUGAACACAGGGGGAUGAAGGUUAAUGGAUUGACUUCAAAGUUAAUUGCAGAGGGAAAUUCACAUCUGCCUGCUGAGAGUUUAUCUGGGAUUUCAGACACUCUCAUUUGUGGCUUUAUCCUAGAAGAUGGUUCCUCUUGUAUGACUAAACCAUUUGGGAAAAAUAAAAGGUGCAUUGAGCAUAAGGGAAGGAGAGUUCCCGGUUCCCAUCUUCAUAAAGAGCAUAAUAUGUGCAGUCCAAUUGCAGAAUCUCAAAAUGUCUUCAGUUCGUCUGAUACUGAUUUAGAUCAAGAAGGGAAUAUGAAAGAAGGCUGGAAUGAAAGCAGAACUGAACAAGAUGAUUCUCAAUCAGUUAUGCAUAGAGAUUGCAUUACUAUUUGUGGAGUAAAUCUACAUGAUGGAAAUUUUUGCACGAGGCAACCUUCAGCCGGAAGAAAGAGGUGUGAGGAACAUAAAGGUAUGAGGAUUAAAAAUCCUAAUACUCAGCAUCUUAAUCCUCCCAAAACCAGUGACGAAAGAAGCGAUUCCAUCACAACUUGUGGGGCAACUUUGAGCAAUGGUUCCUCUUGCAGAAGGAAACUUGCUGAAGGUAAUAAGCAAUGUUGGCAGCAUAGAAGCAUUAGCUGAAUCAAGGUCAGGGAAUGAAUGCAAAUUACUAUUCAAUCUGUUCAAAACUUGUCUUGUAGUUGUGCCUAUGGGGAAGGCAGCCAAAAAUGUGGGCAAGAAUGGAGGAUUGGGUAUAAUUCUUUGCCUAUAUCUAGGUAGCUAUCUCCAGAGCUCCAUCAUAAUCUCCAUUAACAUACCCAUAUCUACAAUGAAAUACAACAGCAUGAUAGACAACAUAGGACUUUUGUGGCAGUACAAGGCCACAGUUUUAUUUAUUUAUUUAUUUAUUUUUAUACAAGCAAAAUGAUGGAUGUUUUUGUUUGUCCAAUGACUUUAGUAGAACAGAUUAUUUAUUCUGUAGUCAGGUUUCUUGUUGUGGAGCUAAAUUAUCCCAGUUGUUUCUGUAAUAUACAGGUAUCAGUGUAUCAUGUUUUAUUGUAAGAGCAAAGGAUUCUCAAGCUGUAAUUCAUGUUUUCUUACUGCAUAAAAUGCAUUAUUUAAAAGAAAAAUCUUUUUUUUUUU